UUUUAUUUUAUAUUGGUAGAUGACUCCUAAAUCAAAAAGGAAAAGUAUUCACAGUAGAAUGCUCCGGCCGGUGUCCAGAGCUUUUGAAAUGGAAUUUGAUCUAGAUAAAGCACUGGAAGAAGUACCUAUCCAUAUAGAAGACCCACCAUUUCCUUCCAGCAGGCCAGACAAACGAACUUCUGGAUUCAUUUCAGAGUUGCCAUCAGAAGAAGGGAGAAAACUUGAACACUUUACAAAGUUAAGACCCAAAAGGAAUAAAAAACAGCAGCCCAGCCAAGCAGCAGUACCUGCUGGAGUGCCUCCAGAUGGUGAACAGAAUGGCCUCAUGGGAAGAGUAGAUGAAGGUGUGGAUGAAUUUUUCACAAAGAAAGUCACAAAAAUGGAUUCAAAGAGACCAUCGACUAAAAGUUCAGAGAGCAGUGAGCCCAGUGAAGCAGGUGAUGAGAAGAAGAAAAGGGACUCAAGGAAGAGUGGCUUCCUUAACUUAAUCAAAUCAAGAGGCUCCAAGUCUGAACGUCCUCAGACUGUAAUGGUGGCUGAGGAGCCCUCCUCACCCAAGGUUGCUUCAAAAAGUCAAGUGGUGGACUCAAGUAAGAAGGAGCUGAAACCUGCAGAGCAGAAUGGUGGUACAGAGCGAUCUGAGGAGUUAAAGACGCCGGACUCACUGGAGGAGAUGCAGCCAGAUGAUGCUGCAAAGUCUGAAAGAGCUGACAGCAAAGGAAGCCCACAAGGAGGCCGGAGGUACGGUGUGCAGGUGAUGGGCAGUGGACUUCUCGCAGAAAUGAAAGCCAAGCAGGAGAAGAGAGCAGCCUCUGCUCAGAAGAAACUUGGGAAUGACACACCUUCCAAGGAGCCUUCUGAUGCAGCAGUGAGCUCAGAACGACUGGAUGGAAGUGGUACAGUGCCUAAACUCCCGCAGACCGUUCCAGAGAGCCGAUUUGCCUCCAGUAAAGGUGACUCUAUCUCAGCAUCAUCUGACAAAAAUGCAAAAGCUGAACCAAAGGCAGAAGCUGCGGCAAAGGCAAGAAGUUCUUCCAAUACACCAACCAGCCCCAAACCCCCACUGCAGUCAGCGAAGCCCAGCCUGGCAGCACGGCCGACGGUGCCACAGAAACCACGCUCUGCCUCUCGCACUGAGGAUGCUCCAGAGUCUCCCUCUGGCCCCAGCUCCCCAAAAGUUGCCCUGCUUCCACCUGUGCUGAAGAAAGUUCCCUCUGAUAAAGAAAAGGAUGGUCAGAGCAGCCCCACAGUCAGAUCAUUUUCUCAAGAAGAGCGAACAGGAGAAGGUCAAAAAAGAGCUGCAGACCAUGACUGUGCCAAGCCACCCGGAGGAGGGGGAGCCACUUCGGGGCAGUGCUCUGCCAGUGCAGAAGAGGAAGUCAGUGUGCUUGGGCUGAGGAAAGCUCAGCCAGCUCCUGCUGCCAAAAGAAGCCCUGGGCACCAGUCCCACGAGUUCCAGGAGCUGAAGCAGAGGUCCUUAAGUAAAGACGGCCAUCAGGGAAGCAAGUCCAGUGACUCUGGCGAAGAGGCAGAUAAAGAUUUUAUUUUUGUUUAGCGAUCAGUCCAAGUGCUUUGUAGUGUGAGAGCUUUUAUAACAGUCAGGGUACAGCAAUCAACAGCCCUUCCAGCCAGCUGCUCUAUCACCACACGUACAUCUCUGCGCAGAGAAGCUGAUCUUCCAAACACGAUUCCCACUACAAUCAGUUGGCGUUGAUUUGGUCCUUAAUUUCUGUUCUGUCCCAUUCAGACAUUCCUUCCCAUGCCUUUGCUAAAGCCAGCAAUCCUUCCGUGUAUUCUACUUGAAUUUCCUCCAAAGCAGCUACAAAGAAUGCCCUGCAUUAGGGCGUUGGGGAAGCAAAGCAAAUUAACUGGACACUGUCUUAUGCUCGUACACUGUACAGCAGGUAAUGUGUUGUACUGCUGAAUGUAAAUGUGUCAAAUCUGCACGUGACUUACCUAUAAAUAUAUUCUUGCGGUAUGCAAUUGCACAUUGUAAUUAUAUUAAGAGCACACUAAUAAAAUAAUUUGUAUAGAUUAUAUAUAUUAAAUGCUUGGGUAUGGUUUUUACAUUCUCCCAUAGGGAGCUUCUUUCUUCCUGUUCUUGUACUGUACAUAAAGCUCCAGCGCUUACAUUUGUGUACUGUCAAAAAGCACAACGGAGAAGGAUCUGAAUGACAUAUAAGCUUGUUAUGCUUCCACGUUCAUGUAUUAAUGUAUAUAGUUGGUUGGAAUGAGGGCAAUGGAAAUUUUAUUAAUAUUGGUGUUUUCUAGAGACCUUCUUCGGUUCUGUCUGCAUAUUAGCUUCCUUUCAAUGUGUAAUUCUACAAGAACCAUAGUUGGACAUCUGUAAAAACAUUUCUGCUUUUGGGGAAGGGGCGCAGGUUUCACAGGUAUCCACUUACAUCACAGGUUGAAGGGAUUUUAUUCAUAUGUAUAUUUGUAACAAUAAAAAUGAUUUUACAACUGAAA